GCUAGUUAUCUCCUGGCCUUUCGGAUAAAUCUAUUAUCAUCUCCGCGUAUUUGCAGCCAAAUGAUCGCAUUAGCAGUAGCUAUCAUUUUCGUGUUAUAUCUACUUAAAGUGCUCUACUCCAAAUGGAAAGUGUUCAAUUACAUAUUGAGUAACUUUUCUAGCCCCCCGAGGCACCCGGUUUUCGGAAUUCUGCAUUUGUUUCCAUCGGACUCACCAGGAAUUUUCAGGACGUUCCAGGAAUUGGUGAAAAACUAUGGGAGGAAUUUCGUCGUAUCCAGACCAAUAUUUGAUGCUUUAAUUGCAAUAUCGGAUCCAGCGGAUAUUGAAACCAUUCUGUCGAACCCCAAUACGAAGACUGCGAAAAAGGCUCGCUUAUAUGAUACCCUAAAACCGUGGCUAGGUUCGUAUAAAAAGGCUCUAAUUAUUGCAUAUGUUGUGUCUAUUUCAAGCAUUUGAAUGAACAUAUGAUGUACUCUGAAUUAAAACAAUUCAUAGGCAUUGUUGCGCGUUAUAGUGGCAGUGGAAUUAUGUCAUUUGAAAUUUGAUUUAUUGCCAUUCCUAAACAUGUGUUUAAUUUUGGUCAACAUCUGCUCCUGGUACACCUGGUAUACCAUAACGUAAUGACUAAUCUUUUUAUGCAUUGUGUCAGGCCUUGUGAUCUAGUAGAAAAGUCUUUUCGGCAAAGUUUCAAUAGACGAAUCUCUUGCCUUGAUAGAAAAAGUCCUUAUUUUUUUCGCUGUCUGACGUUUCUCCAAAAUCCAAACUUCCAUUAGUUUGCAACAAAAUGUAUGUCUGCGGUGCUUCUAGUGAUUAAAUUAC